GCCACAGGUAACGCGCCGGAGCCCGACCGCAGCCUGGCGGGCGGGAGGCUGGAGGCGCGGCGGGGGCGGCGCCGAGGCCAAGGGGCCGCCGGAGCCUGCGGGAUCCCGUCCCCCUCGCCUCCCGUCGCCCCCCACCCUGUCGCCGGCAUCGGUCCCUGCGGCGCGGACGUCCGGCGCUGGAGAGAAAGGUCCCGAAGAUGGCAUGGUCAUAAAAGCACCUUCCGAUGAUUGUGAGCAUCUUCACCCGCGGGUGCCAGCCCAGGCCAUUGGCUUCGUGUUGAGCUGAAGGAACUUGUCUACUGCUUUCCCAAAACCCUCUUUCUCUCCUAAUUCAUGAGCCAGCAGGAUGCGGUCGCUGCGCUUUCUGAACGCCUUCUCAUAGCUGCGUACAAAGGCCAAACAGAGAAUGUGGUUCAGCUCAUCAACAAGGGCGCCAAGGUAGCAGUUACCAAGCAUGGCCGGACCCCCCUGCAUCUUGCUGCCAAUAAGGGCCAUCUUUCUGUGGUCCAGAUCUUGCUGAAGGCUGGCUGUGACCUCGAUGUCCAAGAUGAUGGAGACCAGACUGCCUUGCACCGAGCCACGGUGGUGGGGAAUACGGAGAUCAUCGCGGCGCUCAUCCAGGAGGGCUGUGCCCUGGACAGACAGGACAAGGACGGGAAUACGGCCCUGCAUGAAGCAUCCUGGCACGGUUUCAGCCAGUCAGUCAAGCUGCUUGUUAAAGCGGGAGCCAACGUGCUUGCCAGGAACAAGGCGGGGAACACAGCUCUGCACCUGGCCUGCCAGAACAGCCACUCCCAGAGCACGCGCGUCCUCCUGCUCGGCGGGUCCCGUGCCGACCUCAAAAAUAAUGCAGGCGACACCUGUUUGCACGUGGCUGCGCGCUAUAAUCACUUGUCCAUCAUUAGGCUGCUCCUCAGUGCUUUCUGUUCUGUCCAUGAAAAGAACCAGGCUGGAGACACAGCACUUCAUAUUGCUGCUGCCCUAAAUCACAAGAAGGUGGUUAAAAUCUUACUGGAAGCUGGAGCAGAUGGGACCAUUGUUAAUAAUGCAGGCCAGACUCCGCUGGAGACUGCCCGCUACCACAAUAACCCAGAAGUCGCUCUUCUCCUCACUAAAGCUCCCCAGGUCUUGCGCUUCAGUCGUGGGCGAAGCCUGCGGAAAAAGAGAGAGAGGCUCAAGGAAGAGAGGAGAGCCCAGUCUGUGCCGAGAGAUGAGGUGGCACAGAGCAAGGGCAGUGUCUCAGCGGGAGACACCCCCAGCAGUGAGCAGGCUGUGCUCAGAAAAGAGGAGACCAGAGAAGAUUAUCUGUCAGCCUCCCCAGAGCCCAAAGCAAAGGAUGACAGGAGGAGAAAGUCAAGGCCCAAGGUGUCAGCAUUUUCUGACCCCACCCCACCAGCAGACCAACAGCCUGGACACCAGAAGAACUUGCACGCUCAUAAUCACCCUAAAAAGAGGAGCAGGCAUCGGUGUUCAUCCCCGCCCCCACCCCAUGAGUUCAGAGCCUACCAGCUCUACACGCUGUACCGGGGCAAGGACGGGAAGGUGAUGCAGGCCCCAAUCAAUGGCUGUAGAUGUGAACCUCUGAUCAAUAAGCUGGAGAACCAGCUGGAGGCCACUGUGGAGGAGAUAAAAGCAGAGCUGGGGGCGGUUCAGGAUAAAAUGAAUACAAAGCUGGGGCACAUGGAGAACAAGACCCAGCACCAAAUGCGAGUCCUGGACAAGCUGAUGGUUGAGCGGCUCUCUGCAGAGAGGACGGAGUGCCUGAACCGCCUGCAGCAGCACUCAGACCUGGAGAAGCACGAGGGAGAGAAACGACAGAUGUCCUUGGUGGAUGAAUUAAAAACCUGGUGCAUGUUAAAGAUUCAGAAUCUGGAGCUGAAGCUUUCUGGAGAUUCUAGGGCCUCCAGGGCUAAAUCCACACCAUCUACUUGCGAGUCCUCUACAGGUGUGGAUCAGUCGGUGGUGACUGCGGGCCCAGCGGCGGCCUCUGACAGCUCUCCUCAGGUGGUUCGGCCCAAGGAGAAGGCUGUCACCACCACCGCUACCCACAGACUCCAGCAGGAGCUGUCUUCCUCCGACUGCACAGGCUCCCGUCUGAGGAACGUCAAGGUCCAGACAGCCUCGCUACCCUUGAACGAGGCAGCCAAGUGUGAUCCGGCUGGGCCCUGCGUCAACAGAGGCACCCAAACUAAGAAGUCCGGGAAGAGUGGGCAGACGAGGCGGCGAGCCCAGCAGCCAGCAGCCAGCAGCGCCUGUGGGCAGCCGCCAGCAGCAGCGGGCAGUGAGCAGACUGCCCCUCACACUCGAGACUCCUCCCAAGCUCUGGAGCUUACCCAGUAUUUUUUUGAGGCUGUUUCUACCCAGAUGGAAAAGUGGUACGAAAGGAAGAUUGAGGAAGCACGAAGCCAAGCCAGUCAGAAAGCCCAGCAAGACAAGGCUACACUGAAGGAACACAUUAAAAGUUUAGAAGAGGAACUUGCUAAACUGAGGACUAGGGUGCAGAAGGAAAAUUAGCACUGGAAAGUGGAAGAAAGGAUUCUUGAGGAUUUCUGAUUUUGCAACUGUAGAAUAGUAUGCCCACGGAGUCAAUUAUUGUGUACAUAGCAGACUUGCCUAUAAAAAAAUGGCUAAUUUCUCAAAUGUGCCAGAUACGUUCUUCCUAAGCCCUGAAGUUAUGAAGACUUCAACGGUUAACUAGAACCAGGGGAAGCUUGCUUAGUUUCAGGUUUCAUUACAAACACUAAACUUCAGUCCAGGUUCAUCUGAAGUUCAAAAGCUCAGAUUAAGCAAACCGCUCUAAGAAACUUAGUAAUGUGUAAGCCUAAACCCCAAAAUUCAGGAUGUAUGAAAUAAUAUAAGUCAAAAGUAAGAAAAAAAUCAACCCUUUGUGAACUGCAGUAGUCAUUCAUAUAAAUGUGAACACACCUGCUGUGCCUAGACAAGAGUCUUUGUGUAAGAGAGCCGCUAACUCGGAGAUGUGCUAAACCCUCUUUCUCAAGUUC